AACGAUGGAGCGCUUCUCGAGAAAAAUUAUCCACUCGCGCGCUUCGUCAAGAAUCGACUGGCCACUUCCCAUGCCAACUCAGCUGUAGAGACUUUGCCCUUUGCUGGAGCGCGCGAGCACCAGGAGAACGACACCAUGACGCCCAUCGACACGUCGCUCUUGAUCUUCGGCCCAAAGUCCGCAAUGGCCGCCAUUCGGUCUCCGUUCAAGGAAGUCUUCGACGGCACGUACAAGGGCGAGUGCGUCCUCAUCCAUGCCCUUCCGCUGAACCAGAGCACGGGCAAGGCGGUGCCGACACUUCUGCGUAUCUCGGCGCUCAUGAGGAAGGCGAGGCACCCGAAUGUACUCGAGUUCGUUGGCAUGGGCUCGGACAAAACAAGAUCGCUCAUGCUUACAGAGGCGACCGACCACGGCACCUUGAGCAAUCACCUGGAGCAAAAUUCGCCGCGUAAUGUCCGCGGUAGCAUCAAAAUCCUGCGUGACGUCGCCAAUGGCAUGCGCUGGGUCCACGACAAUGGCAUUCUCCACCGUGCGCUCACAGCUGCCUCCAUUCACGUGACGCGCGCGGGCGAGGCCAAGGUCGGCAACUUUGAGUUUGCCCGUCAAGAUGCUUUGUUCGGAGUAAGGACCAAUUUUGGUAUUCCAUCCUACGCCGCGCCUGAAAUCCUCAGCCGCACCCCCAUCUACACGGAAAAGAUCGACGUCUACAGCUUUGCAAUGCUCAUUGUCGAAGUCGUGACCACGCAACAGCCGUUUGCCAACAUCAAAGCCCCCCAGGCAACUCUCAUGAAGUAUAUUGUCCAGCGCAACUACCGCCCUGUCUUUGUCCGUACAUCCGAGUGGCCCGCCGCCUUGUUUGAGCUCAUGGAGAAGUGCUGGGAUGCCAAUCCCGUAUUGCGUCCGUCCUUUAACGAGAUUGUCGAGUGCCUCGAGGCGAUCCUCGCCGCCGACGCGCUGCACCAGUAGACGGCACCCGACCAGAGUGAAAUAUUGAGCGGUGCUAGUACGACUUUGGAUAUUGUUUCCCGGGCAUAGACGAUGACCAAUUUUAACACACCGACUGAUACAAUACUUGUCAA